CGAAUCUUUCCAAAUGGUGCUAUAAAGCCUCCACGAUUCUCCAUCCUUCAUCUUCUCAUCCUCUUCAACCCAUCAAGCAUCUCGCAUCCAACACCAACAACAAAAACUCACGAUGGCUACUCCAAACCGAUCUUCAAAGACGUCUUUCCCAAACAUCCUCAUCGUCACGAACAGUGAACCAGACCAAGCCAACCAGACCCUCGCGAUCGCCCACGAGUUCCUCGCCCACAGCCACAACGUCCGCGUGCACAUCGCCUCGUUCGCCGAGCUGGCCCCCUCGAUCAAGCAACUGAACCACGACCGCGCGACCCACUACGAAGCAACCUUCCACAGUCUCCCGGGGCCGACCAAACGCGAGGCCUCCGACCAGAACGGCUUCUUCCAGCAGGACGCAUUCCACGCACACAGCAGUCUGGGGAACACCCUCCGAACAUACACGCAGCUGCUCCCGCAAUCCCGGAUCCCCUGGACGGGGCCCGAGUACGUCACGCUCUACAACCACAUCGGGAUCAUCGUGGCAGAUAUAUUCCCCCUGGUGAUCGUGGUCGACGCGACACUGGCGCCAGGGGUGGACGUCUGCCGGACGCUGAAGUGGCGACAUGUGCUGGUGGGGUCGGGGCUGGCGCACGAGUAUCUCCCGCCGUCGCCGUGGAGGGGUCCAGUCCUCGGACCACUCUAUCUCCCGCAGACCCUCAAAACCCUGACCCUAUCCCUCCUCCUCCACCUGGGAACCACCCACUCGGCGCAUCUCCAACAAAUCCAAACCGCCCGGCGCGCGAGAGAUCUCCCCGGCCCAAUUCCAGACCCCUACUUCCCCCCACCUCUCGACGGAAAGACUGAUCCCCCCCCGCUCCUCCUCCCCACCCACCGAACCUACGACCCCAUGCCUAUUAUCCCCAUGGCCAUGGCCCCCGAAAUCAUCCACUGCGGCCCCAUCACCCGCCCCAUCCGCCCGCUCGGCAAAACCCACCCCGAGCUAGCCCUCUGGCUCCGCCAGCGACCCACGAUCCUCAUCACCCUAGGCCCAGCGACCCCCUGGCCGGCGCGCGCGCAGAUCGAGUUCGCCCGCGCCAUCACCGCGGUGCUGCGCGCCAAGCCGCUGGUGCAGGUGCUGUGGCUGAUGAGACCGGGACCGACCGGCUCGGCCUCUGGAUCGUGUUGUAUGGGGCUCAUGGAGACCGAGGUGGUAAGACUGAAAGCGACAAUCUCCCCGCGCAACCGUCUACGGAUCUACGCGCGGCUGCCGGCGGAGACGCUUGCGAUGCUGCUGAGUGGGAAUGUCGGGGGGGUGGUGCAUCGUGGGGAGGCCGGGGUGUUCGGGGAGGGGGUGAGGGCGGGGGUCCCGCAGAUCGUGCUCCCGGUCUACCUCGCCGACUAUGAAUAUGCGCAGCGCGUGGAGGAUUUGGGGGUCGGGGUGGCGGUUAGGGCUGCCGGGAGGGUUACCGCGGUGCAGUUGGAGAUGGCGAUGCUGCAGGUGCUCGAGGGGGAGGCAGCAGACAAGAUGCGUGGACGGGCGGAGGCGGUGGCGGUGAAGUUGUUCAGGAAGGAUGGGCGGGUGGUUGCGCAUGAGCGGGUUUUGGAGAUGAUUGGGUUGAGGAGGGAGAAUUGA